AUGAAUAAAAAUAACAAUAAGGAUAAUAGUCAUUUAAUACCUAAUCAUAUAGUAGAUCUAAAUCUAUAUACUACCAACCAGAACCAAUUCCAAAAACUUACUCAUCAACAUAAUUCUCUGUUUAAUUCUAAUUCAUAUUUGGAUAACCCUAUGCUUCCAGAAAAUUAUAACACUGACAAUAGUAUCAAUAAGCCUGCCAUUAACUCUGACAAGUAUAUUUUUAUAGCAAAUAGAAGAGUGUCCAUGGCAUGCGAUUAUUGUAGAAAAAGAAAAAUCAAGUGUGGUCCUACUGAUUUAGUCAUGGAUAAAUGUAACAAUUGUAUUAAAUAUAAUGUUAAUUGUAAAUUUCCAAAUAGACAUAAUAUAUCGUCUAAGAAUAAAACAACAAGUACAAAUACAGAUACAAAGAACUAUACCAACACUGUAACUAAUAAUAAUAAUAAUAAUAAUAAUAAUAAUAAUAAUAAUAAUAAUAAUAAUAAUAAUAAUAAUAAUAAUAAUAAUAAUAAUAAUAAUAAUAAUAAUAAUAAUAAUAAUAAUGAAAGUAACAAUAUCCAAACAAAAUAUUUUAAUAAUUCAAAGAAUACAAUUAAAUCGAAUUCCGGAAUAAUCAAAAAGGUUCAAAAAUUUUUCCCUGCUCCAGAUUAUCGAAAUUCUUCAAUUAAUUCAAAGUUCAAAAUAUUAGAUGGAAAGAUAUCAGAUAUGAUAGACAAUAUGGCAAGAAUCGAAUGGUUGUUAAGUAAAGUUAUUCAAAGUCAGUCAAUAACUAACCAUAGAAAUACUGUUAAUUUGGAUUGCGGUCCGGAUGCUUACAAAUGUAUUGAUAAAAGACUUUUAGCUAAAUACAAACAGUAUAACACAUCUAUUUUAACAGCUAAAAGCUUACAAUGGGUUAAAGAUAAAACUACACCUGACCUAAGUACUGAAAAAUUCGUCUCACCAUUGACCAAAAUCCUUUCUGAAUCUUUGAAAUGGUAUAUUAUACAAAAUAAAAAUUUAAUAGACUUCUCAUCUCAAAAUAUGCUGUCAUCAAAUACAAAAGUCUUUCCUUUACCAUCAAAAGAGCAAUCUAAAAGAUUAUUGGAAAAUUUUUAUAGUACAAUAAUUUCAUCUUCCACAGGAUUGAUUACAUUGGAACAAUGUUUCGAUUUAAUUGAAAGAUAUUAUGAUAACACGAAAGCUCCAUUAUCUUACCCUGAAUCCCUUCUAUUGAAUGUAUGUCUUUGUGCAGGUGCUAAUGCAACUGAAGCAUUACUCAUAAACGAAAUAGAUUUUAUUAGAAAAGAUAGACAUAAUCCAUCUAGUUCAGAAUUAAUUAUCAUUGAAAAUAAUAUGUUGCUAAAUGCCAUGCAUUAUUAUCAUAGAUUAUCUAUGGUUUGCUCUGGUCUUCCUACGAUUCAAGCUUUGCUUUUAUUGACCAGAUAUUUAGCAGACAACUUCACUAUUGAAAUAGCUGAUGAUGUUUUAACAACAGCAAUUCGGUUUGCUGUGGAUCUAAGGUUGGGAUUUCAAUCAUAUUAUGAGGAUAUAUCGAACGAGGAAUAUAUAGAAAGGGGGAAAUUAUGGUGGCAUUGUUUUUGUAUCGAUAAGAAAUAUUCUUUAAUUCUUUCCAGACCUCCUUUAUUAAAAAUAACAGAAAUGGACUUUUUAACAGAUGAAAAAUAUUAUGAAUUUAUUAAAAAUGAGAUCUUACCUAAAUUUGCUGAUAUGGACACUGAAAAAAUUGGACAAAUAAACGAUUUGCAAAAGGCAUUAGAUGUAAUUGUUACAAAGUGUGAUUAUAUGUCAUUCUUUAUAUCAUAUUACUUUUACAAAGUGGUCAAAAUUGAAAUGAAUCUAUUUGAAACAUGUUUCUCUUCUAACAUGACAACUCAUUGCACCUUUAAUGAUACCAUUAAUAAAAUUGUGGAAAUACAGAAGUCUCUCGUAGAUUGGAAGGAAAAUUUGCAUGUGUGCAUAAAAUUAAACACUUAUAGACAAUAUUUAUGCUCUAUAUUUACACAGUCGAAGACAGAGAAUCCUGCAUUUGCAUUUGAACUUGCAUGUUCCAGAAUAAUUAAUUGCCAUUUUAGACAUCUUUAUCUUGUCAUUAUACUGAAUCUAUUUGCUGUUUCCUUCUUAGAAGAUAAUAAAGAACAAUUUGCUGGAGAAUUGGAAAGCCUCCCAAUUACAAUAUCAUUGUGUUCUGAUAAUUAUAGAAAUGCUUGUAUAGAAAUGCUACAGAUAUUUUUGACCACAAACUAUCAUCCUCAUAGGUUCAAUGAGUCAAUGUAUCAUUUAUUUACAGGAUUUUAUCUUUUGAUACUGGACAUUAUAAAAAGUAUUGACGAAUCCAAUAUAUCGGAUGUUUCAAAUAAUAUUUCCUUGUUAGAAACAUGUCAUAAACAUAUAUUAGGGGAAAAUUAUGAAUAUUUAACAAUCAGGAAUGUUAAAUGGCAAGUGUCAAUCUUUUUUUUCACGUUUUUGAUGAAAUACGUAAAUAUCAAAUAUAACAGUAUUAACUGUAGUUAUAAAGAUAAACUUCGUAGUGAUGAUUCUUAUUAUGACGACAUUUUAUCACGUAUUUCGAAGAAAAUAAGUCAAUUGAAAAAGAAUUGUUGUGAAAGAUUAUAUGAAAAUGUCCAGAAUGAUAUUAAACCUGAUAAUCAUCAGCAAAAUGCCACAUGGACAAAGUUACAAAGUAGCAAUGAAACUGGUGGAACAAAUCAUACGCAAAUUGAUGAAUAUAAUAUUAGUAUCUUUGGUGAAUUGACACCUAAAAUGUUAAAAGUGUUAGACUCUGAUAUGCUCUUUAACUCAAGGCAAUUCACGGAUAGAGCAAAUUUUAAUAAAGAAUCUUUGUUUCCAAUAAAUGACAAUUCUUGUUUCGCUGAAUUCUCUGAAAGUUUUGAUAAUUCUUCUAUAAACCCCUCCUUAAUAUCAAAGGCUGGUGCUAGUAACUGUGAAAUUAUACAAUACUUGCCAUUUGGCGAUCUUUAUUUUGAUAGAGAAUUCUAUUUCAUGGAAAUUUUCAAAAUUUACAAUUCUCGGUAA